AUGUCUAGCUGCAAUCCCUGUCACAUUCCAAUGGAUCCGAGGAAAAAGUUAAGCAAGAAUGAUGAUGAACCAUUUGUAGAUGCAACAGAGUACAGACGUAUCAUCGAAAGUUUGAGGUAUUUAGUUAAUACCCGUCCUGAUUUAACUUAUUCUGUGGGUAUAGUAAGUCGUUAUAUGGAAACUCCUACAGUAUCACACAUGAAUGCAGUUAAACAAAUACUUAGAUAUGUGAAAGGUACUGUUGGAAUGGGGAUUGAGUAUAAGAAAAAUCAGAAUUCUGUUGAGUUGGUUGGCUAUAGUGAUAGCGACCUUGCAGGUGACACUGAAGAUCGUAAAAGCACGACAGGAAUCUUGUUUUUCCUUGGUGAAAGUCCUAUCACUUGGGUAUCACAGAAACAAAGAGUUGUUGCCCUGUCUUCAUGUGAAGCUGAAUACAUUGCAGCAACCGGGGCCAAGAAUCCGGUUUAUCAUGAACGAAGCAAACACAUUAACAUCAGGUUCCACUUCAUACGAGAAUGUGUUCAAAAUGGUAGUGUUCAACUUGAGUAUACUAAAACAGAAGUGCAGCUGGCUGAUGUUUUGACGAAACCACUUGCACGGCAACGGUUCUUCGAACUCAGAGACAAGAUUGGUGUAAAACAAGUUUGA